AUGCCCCAACUUCGGCUUCCUCCGGAACUGCACGAAGGAAUAUGUGCAUAUCGAGACAAAUCCAGAAGUAAGAGAGAACUCCGGUUUUAUGCCAUUCGUGAUUGGCUCAGCCAAUUCGCUCCCAAUUCCAAAGAGCCCGUUGAACGCAUCAUUGACGCUCAACUGGAAGGGCACCGAGACCAGUUCAUUCAACAGUUAGCUGAUUGCAUCCCAGGUUUUACAUACAACCUUGAACACCAUAGCCAAUUGCUGACUACAGCGCUUAAUCUUCCUGAACCAUAUCCAAAUGUCAUGUUUGGUGAACUUUGUUUGUCAGACUCCAAUGUUCAAUCUGCUUCAGUUCGGAAAAGUGACAUACACGCUUUGUUGUCCGGGAUAGUUAUUCCCUGUCUGCAGCGUACAAACUUUACAGUUGGGUGA